AUGCCAGGAUCGGAUGAUAUGCUGGCAGAUGAGGAGCAGACAUGGAGCCUCCAUGUACCCGGUACACCUAGUGACGACACUGGCCUGCUUGACUCAAACCAAGUUCAGGUCGAUGGUCCAUUUUUUCGUCCGAGACAAUCGCCAUCCUCCGCGGCUGCGCAAAAGAUUCAACAGCACGAACAACCCUUUAGUCAUGCGGAUAUGUACGAUGAUCCAGGGGAAGCUGAGGAUGACUUACUACUCGAUUCACAGCCGCAUAACGCCAUGUCACUCAUGGACUACCCCAGCGACGGGAAGAUCACUUCCACGUUUUCACUACCUGAUGGCCCUAAGCCACAAGUCACUGCCCUAGCGCAGCAACCUGCCAUACGGCAAGCGCAAUGCAGCCUCGGUAGAAUUGGGGCAGCAGGUUUCUCAUCAAGUCCCGGCAGGUCCUCGGAGAUGGGCAACUCUUUUGACCGCACACUAAAAGGUCGUAUUCUGGCUUAG